AUGAGGAUCGGUCUGAUCGCGGUUCAGGAGACCAAGCCGGUCGGGCUGUCGGCCAUCAACGACGGCGUGGCCACCAGCACUGCCAUGGAUCUCUCCGCUUUCGAUGAGGCUGGUAUGAAAUGGUCGUGUGACAUGCCCGCGUUCGCAACUGUGGACACGUUAUUAUGUACACCUAUGGAUAUCAUUGUGGACAUGGUGCUGGGCGUCGAGGAGGUCGCGAAUACGAACAUUGUGAUGGUGAAAGACCUGGGCAUGUUUAUGUCAGCAAUUAUAAGCAAGAACUUGAACUCCUGCUUGAUCAAAAUCCGACCAACCCGUGGACCAAGCAGCUACUCGUCUUCGACUUCGGAACUUGAUUACGGUCAUCGACAUAGGCAGAGCCCCUCUGUCGGUCGCAGCGAGUCCACCUCCAACAACGUUGCAUUCGACUCCUUCUCAGUGGCAAAUAACCAUGGGUCGGAGUGCAUAAUAUCUGUCCCGUCCUCGGCAGCGCCGUAA